CCGAUUCCUGGAUUGCUACGCUGUAAAUGCAAUACCAGCCGAUUCCAUCUCGAGUCCUCUAUGGCGUGCUCAAUAUCAGCACUUCAUUCAAUCCAUCAUUACCAUUCAAGCACCACACUCAAUCCUCUAUUACCAACCAAUCGUCUCACACCCUGUCGUACGGCCUGCAAACCCCAUUCCCACACCCAUUGAACACAAAAUUGAUCGUAACCUCCCCCAUACUACCAUCGUUCCCUGUAUGAACCGGACAGCUCCCGCAGCGAUGGCAACCAUGUCUCUUGAUCCACUCCACCUUCUCCCUAACCUUAAACGCAAAUAUAAUCUCCUGUCUCCCCAUCUUCUGCGCAAAUACGCACGGCCCCUCUUGAGGCUCCCCCGUGCAUCCGCGACACGAAUAGCACGGGCGGCACACGAUUUUCUCGCCGUUUCGGUAGUAUGCUAGGUCCUCUGGGGACGUAAAAAACAAGAAAGAUGAAAUGUGGGUUUGGAUAAGAAGAAGGAGGAGGAGGUUGUAAGGUAGAGAGGGGGGGGGUUACUUACUGAUUUGAGAGAGCGAUUCUAGGAUCUGGUCGAUGCCUGUGUUGCAGGAGGGACAGCGCGCGCUGCCGCGGCAGUUCAGGCCGAGAGCAUUGAUGGUCGCGCGGUUUUCA